AUGAUUGCCUCGGCCAAGACCUCGUUCGCCGGCGUCGCCGUGCGCAGCCAGGCCCCGCGCGCUCGCGCUCAGGCUCGUGCUUCGGUGCGCGUCCAGGCGAAGUACGGCGAGAAUGGCAAGUACUUCGACUCGAACGACAUCGAGAACACGGUCGGUGCCUGGGACAUGUACGGCAAGGAGGACUCCCAGCGCUACAACGACCUGCAGUCGAAGUUCUUCACGCAGGCUUCUACCGGUCUGUCGCGCCGCGAGUCCAUGCUCGCGUUCGUGACCAUGUUCGGCACCGGCUCCCUCCUCCUCUGGGGCGCCAAGGGCGCCAAGGACGCCGAGCUGCCCAUCACCAAGGGCCCGCAGAAGCCUGCGGCCAAGGGCCCCCGCGGCAAGAUCUAA